GGUAAAACCAGACUAGCUCAGUCCGCGAUUGCAUUUCAGCCAUGGCGUUUGCACGGUUCCUUUUCCAUAUUCUCCUGUGCGGUUCACUUUACGGCAAACUAUUGGCAGUGGAGCACUUUAUUGUGGGGGGCCAGAAUGCAGCUGAAGGAGAUGCCCCCUACCAGGUGUCGCUCCAAACCCUUUUGGGUAAUCACCUAUGCGGUGGUGCCAUCAUAUCGGACCGCUGGAUAAUAACUGCUGGUCACUGUGUCAAAGGAUAUCCAGCCAGUAGACUUCAAGUGGCCUCUGGAACUAUUCGUUAUACGGCGCCAGGAGCUGUGCACUACCCAGACGCCAUCUACCUGCACUGCAACUAUGACACUCCCAAGUACCACAAUGACAUUGGCCUGCUUCACCUGAACGAGAGCAUCAGCUUUAACGCCCUCACUCAGGCGGUUGGGCUACCCACUUCUUCCUUUCCCAGAGGGGCUGCGGAUCUGGUUUUCACCGGAUGGGGAUCCCAGUCGGCGGCAGGAACCUUGCCCACACAGCUGCAGCGUAUCCAGCAGCAACACCUCAGCUUUCAGGCCUGCGAGUCCCUGCUGUCCGCCUACGAAGAUGUGGAUCUGGGUCCCUGCCAUAUCUGCGCAUAUCGCCAGGCAAAUAUUGGCGCAUGCCACGGAGACUCAGGCGGUCCUUUAGUUCACCAGGGCACACUGGUAGGCAUACUCAACUAUUUCGUACCCUGCGCUCGUGGAGUGCCGGAUAUAUUUAUGGAUGUAAUGUACUACCGCGACUGGAUGCGGCAAACAAUGAGUGGCAAUGGCAAGUGUGCACAGGUCAGCCAGCAGACGAUAACUGGAUAAAAAUAUUCGAACUCAUUAAAGAAACUGAAUUUCUGAUGUAAUUU